AUGGUGCAGAGGAGAGCACUGGGCUUGCUGCUUCUAGUCUGCAGUCCUUUGCUUUUGGUGCUGGAAGCGGCCCAACAAUGCCCGUACAGCUGUUAUACGAAAGGGGGCAAUUCUUGUCUCUGCCCCGAUCCAAAAUGGAAGGGUUCUCCGUGUAGCUGGCUUGGACAUGGUGGACCCUACAACUUUCCCGCAUGUCUUGACGCCAUAGCCACCGGCUUCCCGAAAGAAACUACAUCCAUCUUGAUCGAGCGUCUCACUUCUCCGACCCUCUUCGAACAAUCUUUUCAUGACCUUCGUAUCUUAGUAAGACUUGUGCAUCUGAGUAUCCGAAAGUCGAACGUUUCUACAAUACAGCCUGGAGCUUUCCGAGGUCUGCAGCACCUAACUCACCUGUACCUUAAGGACGAUCGCAUCUCCAGCCUAGAACCUGACACUUUCAUCGGGCUCCCGAAAUUAGCUGUUUUACUCCUCGAAAAGAACGCGAUUUCCACCAUAUCCCAACACGCAUUCCGUGGCCUGCCAAAGCUUCAAAUCUUGCGGUUGUCCGAGAACCGCCUGACUUCGGUGCCCGUUCACGCACUGCAGGAUCUAUAUCCACAGCCUGGCAUAAUCCUGAUGGUAGACCUUCAAAUGAAUCAUAUAGCUACUAUCGACGAAGACGUCGUGCGUUUGUCGCAAGCCCAUCGCUUGAAUCUGAUGAUAGUGAACAACGCGCUGCGAUGUGACAAAAAUCUAACAGGGUUCGUCUGUAGCCUGCCGCACCACCCGUCCUACAUUUCCGCAUCCGAUUCGCUGAAGUGCGCCUCUCCUCCUGAACUCCGAGGAACUAACCUAACCGCCCUGGCAAACGAGAUCUGCCACACUGACAAGGAAGUGCCGCAGCAACAAGAAACCAAGUCCAAACCCUUCAGCGAACCUCCCAUGACGACUACGGUCUCUAGGAACACGGAGCUCACAAGUCCUCAAAUCCUGUACAGCGAGACCAUUCCUACUGAAGGGUACACGCAUACAGGGAUGCCGCAAAAUAUGCCAGUCUCCGAGAAUACCACACAGAUGGACUAUGUCAUUGUUCUUGGGGGAGGUCCGCUCAUCGCGAAUCCGAAGGAUGUCAACAUCACUGCCAUAACCCUUGCUGCUGUUGUGCCUUCCCUCUUAAUAACCGUUAUCCUCCUCAUCAUCAAGUUUUGUCGUGGUACAGAUUUGCCUCAACAGGACGCACCAAGGGAAAGUGACGAAGAAGCUACAUCCUCAAGGACAGCAGAGGCCGAUAAUAUCGAGCCGUACGCAGUGGCGUAUGCCGCCGACUCGGCUGAAAUGGAAGAACAAGACAGAAACUCAACCACAAGCGGACGUCCUGCUGGUAACAAGACCACAGAAGACAACUAUGCAAUUCAGCCAUAUGCUGUGGCCUAUGGUGACUCGGCUGAACCGGGAGGACAAAACAUAAACUCGACCACAAGCAGACGACCCAUCCCCCCUACUUCUAACAAGACCACAGAAGACAACUAUACAAUUCAGCCAUAUGCAGUGGCCUAUGAUGACUCGGCUGAACCGGGAGGACAAAACAUAAACUCGACCACAAGCAGACGACCCAUCCCCCCUACUUCUAACAAGACCACAGAAGACAACUAUAAAAUUCAGCCAUACGCAGUGGCCUAUGCAGAAGACAACGGUACCAUUCAGCCGUAUGCAGUGGCCUAUGAUGACCAGCCUGGACCACAGCUUCAGUCCCAUGCACAGGCAAGCCUUGAUGAGGCCCAGCCGUACGCAGUCGGCUACCCUGACUCACCACAAGCUACAAGAAGCCGUGCCGAAGCAAAUUUAACUCCGCAGGAAAAUAGUUCUUGCGAGGAAACAAGCGUCAAACAAUAAGGUGUUCAAUCACUG